ACGAUGACGUCACGCUCGGCAUUCCGCUUUGAAUAGCAGUAUAGCAGUAAUGAAUGUACAAGAUAAUAGCGUUUAUAUCGCUAGCAAAAUUUUGCAUUUGAUGAUGUAGUUUUGAAAUAAUGGUACGUGGCACAAGGUAUCUUUUGGUACGUAAUUUACCAGAAAAGUCAACCGAGGAAAGUAUUAUCAACCAUUUUCAACGAUAUGGUAAAAUACAAAGUGUAAGAGUCCAUAAUGGCAAAGAAAAUGAGGGGGGUGCCACUGUGGCAUUUAUGGACAUCAAAUCUGCAGCCAAAGCUCAUAAUGCAGAGAAUAACAUAGAUGGCAGUGUGGUCCAAACCGAGUACUGUGAAGGGACAGCAACAGGCAGUGUGGUGACGAGAACCCGUGAACCAGAACGUGGAACUUACCAUGCCACGACUCCACGAAGUAGUAGCAGCACCACCACGGCCACAUUUUCAAACUGGCAAAAGGGACAAGAUGAAAAUAGUCGUCAUGAAACAGAAUCUGGAGAGUUGCCUCCCCCAACAAAUUUUUCAACAGAAUCUGAAUUUAAUAGAAGUCGACCACGUGAGAAAAAAUAUGGUAAAUUCAACCACAGCAGGCAAAGUGAUGGAUUGGAGACAACUGCCAAUCGUAGUAAAAGUGGAUCACGGUCCCCGAGAUCUCGGUCUCAUUCAAGUAGCAGUGAUAGUAGUUCAUCGGAUAGUACUGCUACCCCUUCACAGUCACGCAGCCGAGCUAGCAGUCCUAAUAGCAUGCGUCCUCCAGGUCAAAAGAAGUCCCCUGGUCAACCCCCUUCAAAAGAAAAGGAGUUGAAGUAUGUAGAAAAAGCUGCCAGUGAAGCUGGCUCUACCAGCACACAGCCCACAAAUUCUGAAAAACGCCCGGUUGGAAUCUGUGUUACAAAAUUACCUACUCGUUCUAGUGAUACAAGUUUACGAGAUGGAUUAUUUCACGAGUAUAAAAAACAUGGUAAAGUUACUUCAGUUCAAGUGAUAUCUGAUGAUGGGGAACGUUAUGCUAUUGUUAGUUUUAGAAAACCUGAAGAUGCAUCCAAGGCUAUGGAAGCUUCCCAAGAUAAAAUGUUUUUUGGUACUAAAAUACAUGUUAUACCACAUGAAGGUAUAGAAGUAGAUGAUGCCGAUUUCCGUCCAAUAGAAACCGAGUUAGAUGAGUAUCAUCCAAAAUCUACACGAACACUUUUUGUGGGAAACCUGGAGAAAGACACAUCAAUCCAAGAACUUGUGGAUAAAUUUAAACCCUUUGGUGAAAUCAUUGAUGUAGACAUCAAGAGACAGGGAGCCGCCUCAGCUUAUGCUUUUGUUCAGUAUGCUGAUAUACUUAGUGUUGUUAAAUCUUUACGAUCAAUGGAGGGAGAACAUAUAGGUGCCAAUAAAAUCAAGCUUGGAUUUGGUAAGAGCAUGCCAACUAAUUGUAUCUGGUUGGACAAUAUAGGAGAAAAUGUUGGUGAUAAUUUUUUGUUACGUGUGUUUAGUCGUUACGGAGAAGUGAAUUAUAGUGUUAUAGACCGUGUGAAAGGCAGGAGUCUUGUUUAUUUUACUAACAUGGAUAAUGCUAUUUACGCUGUGGCGGAUAUGAAAAAUCGGAGUGUGGGUGGCAAGAAAAUACAGAUUGAUUUUGCAAGUCGCGAAUGCCAAAAUAAAUUUUUUGAUAAAAUGGAAUCUUCUGGACAGUUACGAGCUGGUGAGAGACCGGAUGAACGAGGUCGUGGUGGUCCUACUGUUCACAGAACACAGUCACGUGAUUAUGAAAAUUUCAGUGAUGACAGUCGAAGUAGCUACAGCCAAAGUCAAACUUUUACCAAUAACCGAAGUCAAACAUUUUUCAGGGGAAGUCGAUCAUCAAGUCGUGGUACAAGGUUUCGUAGCACAGGCGAGGCCAGUACAUUUACAGAAGAGUAUCCCAGUCGUAGGGCAAGCCGUCACUCAGAUGAAUAUUCCAACAGUGGUGAUUAUUACAAAGCAGAUGACACUUAUGAGCAAGAACUACGAGAGUAUGACAGAAGUAGAAGAGAACGUAGAGAGCGAGGAACUAGCAGCCCACGUCGUGAUGAAAGACAUUUGUCAAUAAGUUUUGACGACCGCUCGCAUCGUUCUCGUGAUGUGUCGCUAGAUAGAUAUGAUGAUCGGAAUAAAGAACAUUAUGAUCAUUAUAGGGAUAGUGAUAGUGCUGGUAGUGAAAGGAACUCGUAUCAUUCAGAUAGUAAAUAUCAUAGUCGUAGUGCAGAGGACAAGAAUUAUUCACACGGGAAAUAUGUGAAUGAUAAGGGACGUUGUCAUGACUUGGAUGUUAUUGGGGAUGGUGAUGAUGGUUCGCGAAGUCAAUCCCCAUCCUCAUUCCAUAGUCCCAGUAGAACUCCUAUACCGCGGAGAUCAUCUACUCCUCCAACACCCACAGAAGCAGAACCUCCAAUGUACCGAAGUUCGUAUUACGGUGACUCAGACUAUAAGCGCAAAUCACGGUUAGAUAAACCAACAGAAUUUGUGCAACAUCCGGUUCAGGGUGAAACUGUUAAUAAAAGUUUGCAUAGUGUUGUGUGUAAACCUGUCACAGAAGUUCAAAAACAGGAUAAAAGUGCUACUCGUAAAAGAUCAUAUGGUGAAGCUAUGUUAUCUAAAGACACAUUACGCUCGGAUUACAAAAUUCCAAGAAAAAUUGACUCUACUAUAAGUUCACUUGUGACUAAAACUUCAAAUUCUCAGGAGCGUAGUAGAAUAGAAAAGAAACUUUAUCAUACUGAUAAAAAACUUGAAAAAGCUAAAUACGCGAAGCAUGAAAAAUUGUUAUUGCCUACCGAGGCAGGAUUUAUGUUAUCAAGUUCACCUGGCUCUUCAGGUAGUCGACCAGACUCUGAAAAUGGAUCCAUGGGAGAGUCAGAUUUGUUGAAAUUAACUCAGGAAAAGAAAGCUUUAUUACAAAAACUUCAACAGUUAGAGGAUGGCGGAAGUACAAGUGAUAAUGAAUCUAAUGAAGAUGUGAGAAAUGUUAUUGCUCGAAAUCAGAAAAGUGCUUUGUCGAAGACAUUGUUUUUAAAGGAUAAUUUAAAACAAACUCGAACUGAGGACAAAAAGAUUGACUCUUCUAAGAGUUACCGUAGACAAAUGGAAAAGUUACGGAAAUUACAAAAUCCUAGUGCAAAGACCCCUGAAAGUUCUGUGAAAAUUAAUUUUAAUGGUGAUGAAAGUGACACAGAAGAAUAUGCUGACGAUUCACCAAAGGAAAUAUCUCCCGAAUUUCGUCAGACCAAAAGGCGUAAAUAUGACAAGGAGGGGGAAAGUGUGGUAAAAAGCCGUCCUUAUCGUAGGAAAGGUAGUGCUUUAAGUAGUGACGAAGAAAUGGAAAGUUCCAAUCAGAAAAAAUCUGAUUCAUACGCUGGUCGUCUUCAUCGUAUAGACACUAACAGUGUACUCAAAUUAAUUAGUGACACCGAUGAAAUCCAGAACAAAGUAAAGGUACAAGACUCUAAACAUGAAACAAAUGAUCACCCUGUUCCCAAUUUGUUAUCCCCAACGUGUAGUAGAAGUGCUCAAUCACCUGACAGGGAACCUGUCAGUGCAGCUUUUGCUAAACCCCCAGACUACUCUCGUGCUCAUUUACAUAUUAAUAUUGGACAAGACACUAAUAAAUCAGGAGAUAUAGCUUCUCCAAUGAGCCCCCCUAUAGGUGGUGAGAAACAUUCUUUAAAUUCUGUGAAUCAGGAUGUAAACACAAAUAAUUCAGAGGAUAUGGUUGUGCCAACAGACCCAAGGCUUGAUGAAAAAAGACUUGGUAGUGAUUCAAGGUAUGCUAAUAGACUGUCUUGUAACUCUGUUGAUGAAUCCAAUAAAGACACAUGUGCCAAAGGAGAUGAUUCUUUAUCGGAUAGCAGUAUUGAUGAACCGAAGAUUCCAGGGGAGUUAUCAAUAUCUGAGAGGAUAAGACUUUUGGAUGCCCAAUUGGAUAAAGCACCUGAUCCUCCAGCUAUUGCUGUUAGUAGUUUGGCUUCAACCCUCACACCUACUCCUACCAUUAGCUCAAAUAUCUAUACAAAGUUUAAAAUUAAAAAGCGUGGUGAAGCUUCAACGAACUCUGCAAAUUCUUCAAAUUCAGACAAAAGUGAACCAUCAGACAUUAUGAAAAUGGUAUUGUCUCGUAGGGGUGGGAGUAUACUUGACCAGGAUUCUCAGCGGCUGGAAGAAAGGAAAUCGACACCACCUGGUAUGCAGUUUAGAACCAAGGCAGCAGCCAAGGAGAUAUCAAUACCUACUACAGCAGGUUAUUGGCAGGGUCAGAUGGGAGGCAUGAGAUUUCAACCAGCUCAUAGCACUGGGUUAGAAAGUCCAUCACAAUCUCUCCAGUCAGACAAUUUAGCACAUAACAUGACAUCAGUUAUGGCAGCAGCAAACCCACUUGUUGUUCAACAAGGACAAAUGUCUCUUUCUCCGGGAUCUCAAUUUUCAGCCUCCUCUUCACCAUUCCAUCCAUCACAAAGCCCUCAGUUUCAUACACAACAAUUGGCUAAUCAGUUUAGUCUUCCAGGAAAUCAGCUGAGUCCAGGUAACACAUUUUCAAAUAUAAAUCCUACAUUGCCUGUCUCUCAGCAGUCAACCAUUCAAACAGAAUCUACAUCAGCACCACCAUAUUCAUUGUCAUCAGGUGUUCAGUAUCCAGUUGGUAACAACCCAUCACAGAUGGCUUCUCAACAUCCUAUUUAUUCACAACCAUCAUCAGCUUCUGAAGUUCCGUCAUCUCCCCUGGUUGACCAAACAAGUAGCUCUCUCUUGACUUUACCAGCUCAAUAUGGGUCUUUAUCUACUGGAUUAACAAAGCAGAAUAACAGCCCAGGAGCUGUUCAACCUAUUUUUGGUUCACAGAUGGGAUUUCCACAACCCAUUCGACCUGAAGCUAUGAAACCAGCUGGAUUAUUUAACCGAAGACCAUCCGAUUUUGUUGCUAGUAUUCAAAUUCCACUAGGAAUGCAAGAGUCUUCAGAGGGAUUUGCUGCUCUUCCGCCUAGAAGUGACUCGAUGCCCUCGACAGAUAAUGUUUCUUCUUCUUCCAGCCCAGCAUUUGCUGAUAGGAAGGAAUAUACAUUGAAAUCACAGCCUCCUGUCUUAAAAAAAGAAACAAACCUCACAGAGAUACCGAUUACUGCACCUCAGAUUUUUCCUAAGUCGCCAGGUAUGAAUAGAUUUAAGACUGACGAUGACAGACUUGGAAAAUCCCAAACUUCUCAAAUGGGAUUCCAACAGUCUGUUCGACCCGAAGUUAUGAAACCUUCUGGACUGUUCAGUCGCCGACCGUCUGAUGCAGUUGCUAGUGUCCAAAUUCCAGUUGGUUUUCACAGUGAUGUGACGUCAAGUAUGCAAAAGAGAAUGGAUUCAUCUUCCAACUGCAGUGCAUUAUCUACACAAGGAACACCUGAAAAGAACCUAUUUGAUUCAAAGUCUCAACCACCUGUUCUUAAAAAAGAAGUUGAUAACUCAGAGACAACUUUUGGUGCACCUGCCCAACUGCCACCAGCUGAACCACAAUCUAUAUCAUCUACAACCAUUAUUAAACCAUCUAGUAUGAACCGCUCCAAAUCUGAAGAUGAUCGGCCACAGAAAAAUUCCAGAUUGUCAACCUCCCACAAUUCCUCUUUUGAUUUGUUUGAGAAAAAGAUUGAAAUAUUUCAUGAAAAGAAACCAGAUUUGAAGAAGCAUCAAGAUAACAAGGACCAUGUGAAAAAAGAGAAAACGGAAGGAAAAACUGAUGAUAAAAAUGCACAUUCUAAGAACACUUCCCCAGACAAAAAAUCCAAAUCAAAGGAUGGAGACAAAAAGGAUUCUGAUAAAAAACAUGAAAAAGAUAAAAGUCGUCAUCAUUCAGGCAGUAAAGAUAAAACGUCCAAAGAAAAAGAAGGUUCUUCAAGCAAAGAUAAAUCUAAAUCAUCUAAAUCAAAGGAAGACAAGAAAGAACACACAAGCAGCUCUGAUAAAGGAAAAUCUCAAGAAGUAAAGAAAAAAGACAAGAAAUCUGAUGACAAAAAACAUGAAGAUAAAGAUAAAAAACAUGAAGAUAAAGAUAAAAAACAUGAAGAUAAAGAUAAAAAACAUGAAGACAAGGACAAGAAACAUGAGGACAAGGACAAGAAACAUGAGGACAAGGACAAGAAACAUGAAGAUAAAGACAAAAAGCAUGAAGAUAAAGAUAAAAAGCAUGAAGAUAAAGAUAAAAAGCAAGAAGAUAAAGAUAAAAAGCAUGAUGACAAGGACAAGAAACAUGAGGAGAAGGACAAGAAACAUGAGGACAAGGACAAGAAACAUGAAGAUAAAGAUAAGAAGCAUGAGGACAAGGACAAGAAACAUGAGGACAAGGACAAGAAACAUGAUGACAAAGACAAGAAACAUGAAGAUAAGGACAAGAAACAUGAUGAUAAGAAGCCGGACAAAAAGGAGAAAGUCAAACAUCAAGACCCUAAAACCCCAAAAGGUAAAACAGAUUCAUCAGAGGUUAGUAAAUCUGAUAAGACAUCUAGUAAAUCUACCGAAUCCAAGACUGAUAGUAAAAGUGAGAAAACAUCCAAAGACCAGAAAGAUCACAAGAAACAUUCCAGUCACAGCAAGGAUAAGAGUGGGAAAGAGGCAAAGGAUGGGAAAUCUAAAGGGAAAGAAGACAAAAAUAAGGAGAUGGGUUCUAAGGAGAAAGAGAAAGAGAAGAAAAAAAAGGAAAAAGAAAGAGCCGAAAAACAUGCAAAAGAGAAGGAAAGGGUAAAAGAGAAGGAACCUGAAAUACCGUAUGAGAUCCCAACAGAACUUUUACCCUUCAUAUCCAUGUAUGAUAAAGUGAAAAGGGGAAGGAAGAGAGAUGAACAUGAGGAAGCUAAUAAAAAAGUAAAAGAUAAGCGAAAAAAGGAACAUUUUGGACUAAGUGAUGACAGUGAUUUUAGUAAGGAAAUGUCUGACUCAGAUAGUGCCACAUCUCCUGGCAUCAUGAGUGAUGAUGAAAAACCUAAAGAAAAGGCCAAGAAGAAAAGACCGGCUAAGAUUAUUGAUAGUUUUUCCAGUGAUGAAGAUGAUAUGCCUUACAAAGUUAAAAGGAAAAAAAAGCCAAAGACUGCAUCUAUCAAAAAUAGAAAAAUAUUUGACUCAUCGUCUGAGUCAGACAAAACCAUGGACUAUCAAACUGAAGAAUCAGAGGAUGAAUACGUUCCAAACAAACGCAAGAAGUCUCCAGCAAAGAAGAGAAAAUCCAGAGAAGAAUCCAGCGAAAUAGAUUUACAUGACGGAGGCGAUAACAAAACCAACAGAUUUGUUUCAUCAGAAAUGAGUGUCACAGAACCUGAAACAAUGGAUGAAGGGGAGAAGAAAGAUGCAGGUAAAAGUGACAAGGAAAAGAAAGGAAAGAAAAAGAAAGACAAAGAUGAUGUUUCUAAGGAAAUCAAACAAAAGUCUAAAUCAAUUGAUGCACCUAUGGAAAUUGACCAGAAAGUCAAACAUGAACCAGUCAAAACUAAAGCUGAAUUUAAGAAAGUUGAAAGCUUUGAGGAGAAAAAUAAAAAGUCUGAAUCUAAGAAAUCCACUAAGGAUCAUAAGAAGCCUAGCAAAACAAAAGCUGAAGACAAGGAGAAGAGUGAUGAUAGCAAAAGUGAGCACAAGGAGGAGAAAAGUGAACUAAGUGUAAAAAAUAAGAAGGAUGAACUUGUUAAGAGAGAUUCUAGUCACAAACUCGAAAAUCAGAAACUCCCCAAAACAGACUCGAAGAAAACUGAUACCAAAAAAGAUGAGGACAAGAAAAAUAACAGCCACAAAUCCAAAGAAGAGAAGGAAUUGAAGAAGGAGGUCAAAUUGGAAGGGUCAAAAGAAUCUAAAAUUGAACAAAGCAAAGAUAUCAAAACUGAAUCGAAGGACAAGUCUAAAUCAGAUAAGAAGAAGAAGAAGCAUGGAAAAUCUAAUAAGUCCAUUGACAUACAGGACUGUGAGCUAGAUGAUAAAAUACUAGAAGUAGAGGAGCCCAAGUCUGAAUAUUUGAAUAAAUUGUUUGACAGCGAAAUCAAGAAAGAAAAAGUUAAUGAAGACAGCAACAAAAAUGAUAGUAGAUACAAUUCUCUAUCUGAAACUAAACAAAGUAAGUCAGAUUCCAAUAAAUCUGAAAUAAAAGUCAAGACAAAAGCUGAGAUGAAAGAUUAUGUCAAACAUGAUAUAAAGGUAAAAUCAGAAAAGAAGGAUGGAGACAAGAACCAAAAACAUGAUAGAAAUAAAUCUGAUGGCAAAACUAAGUCAGAGAACAAGGGACUGAAACAGGAGAAAAACAAAAACAAAGUUGAUGCAAAGAAAUCUUCAAAAUCUGUGAAAGAAAUAGAUACAUCUAUUAAAGAGUUAAAACAUGAUGAAGAGAAAAUGGAUGCACAAGAUUCAGAUAUGAUAAUUCUCAAUAAUAUUUCUGAAAUGGAUCAACCAAGCCAACCCAAGAAAGCCAAAAUAAGUGCUGAUUUAAAAGCCCAAGAAGACAAUCUCUUCUCAAAGUUUGGACCAGCUUCUGAAAUAUACUCUAGUCGAGAUGAGGAUUCAGAAAAUGAGGAUCGGCAGUCCUCCAAAAAGAUCAAGAAGAAGAAGACAAAGAAGCAUAAAAAAGGAGAGAAAACUGCACAAAUCAAAAGUGUUCUUGAAGACCUUAAGGAGGACACUAAAAAGUGUGACACUAAGAAUAAGGACUUAGAAGUAACUGAUUCAAAUCAUAAGAAAGAAAAGAAGAAGGGUAAGAAAAAGACAAAAGAAAAGAUAGAAGAGAAAAUGGAUACCAGUAGUAAAUCCCAGCCUAUCACUAAGCCUAAAUCCAAACCAGUUGAUCCCUUUGACUUUGAUGCCUUUGAUAGAUCAGAAAGUAACGAUUCUUUGCCAACAAGGCUAGAUGUUAAAUCUUUUCCACAUGUUGCUGAACAAAUUGACAAAUUAGACAAACAUGAGACCAUGUCUGAAUCCACUACAGAGGAAGCUAUUGAUUCAGUUGGUGAAAAGUUAAAUGACUCUGAAGAUGAGAAGUGUCCUGAUUCACCCAAACUUGGUGAUGCACCUGCGGAACCACCUAAGCCUCCAGAGAAACCAGAAGGUUUAUUUGAUAAGUUCUUUGAAGCUGUCCAUAUGAAGAAAAUGAAGAAUAUUUUGUUUGAUAAAAAGCCAGAACCAGCCCAAAGUGCCAAAGAACCCGUAAAAGAAAUGGUUGAAGACACUGCUGCAGAUGCAUCAAAAGAUUUAUCUAAGGAUAUUUGUUCUGCCAUUAAAUCUCCAGUCCAAAAUGAACAGAGUUCUCCUGUUGCUACGUCAUCUUCUAGUCCGGUGACAAAAUUGAGUCCUAAAGUAGCUAGUUCUUCUAACGUAACAGAUUCAAUGUCACCAACUAAAAUAGGCUUGUCCUGCUUGUCACCUUUAAGUGAGACAGUACCAAGUCUUAUUUCACCAUUAAAGUCUCCCAUCACAAUGACAUCACCAUCCAGACAUCCUGGUCCUAUUUCUUCUACAAAACCUGUGACUUCACCAAACAAAUCUUCACAGAGUAUUCCAUCAUCUCCUGGGAAGUCACCACACCAUAGUGGAAUAUCUCCUCAAAAAGCAUCUGUAACAACCUGCUUGUCACCUAUCAGGCCUGCUGUUGAUAAUGUACCAGUUAAAGGAGAGAUAUUAUCACCUAAAUUAACUGUGCUACAAUCGAGUGCAUCUCCAGUAAAAAUUCCUGUUUUGACACCAUCAAAGCCAGUUAACCCAUUGAAAGGCAGUUUGAUUAUUCCAGAUAUUGAAAGCAGUCUAAAGCCUUCUAUCCCAGCUGAAGUUUCAACUGCUCAAGAUUUAGAGACACCAUUUAUGGAUGAGAUUGAUAGUGAUGAAAGAGAAAAAGCUGUUCAAGAGGCAUCAGAUGAAGCCGCAAGAGCUGUGGAAUCCCUUCUCCAAGAAAGUUCAGACCCAGACCCAUUUGGUUUUUCUGCGCAAGAAAUAGACAACCAAAGAUCAUUUCCUGACCCCACAUCUCACAGCCAGCCACCAGUGGAGGAAUUGGUAUUUCCAGAUGUUAACUUUUCAGAUACGAUUGCUAGCGUAUCUGCUGAUGAGCCAAAGAAACAAUCACCCGUUAAGUCAGUGAUGAAUAGAAGACGCUCAAAAGGUUCUAAAGGAUCCAAAGAUGACAGUGAUACUGCACCAGAAAUGGCUGUGCCAGAUGUCAAUCCUAAUCCGAUUUCGGAAGAUCUGCUUGAGCCAGAAUCUGAACUAAAAAUUGAUUUUGACCACAUCAAUAGUGAGACCGAUAACAUACCCAAUGACAUUGGAAGUCAUAACCAAUCUGGUAAUAAUUUGUCUUCUGGAUUAGAUGAUAGUUUUAGUUCAAAUGCAGAUGAAUCAAGGACCACAAGGUAUCAAAGGGAGAGUAGAGGAAAUAGGGGUAAAGGAAAGGCUAGCCGUCGCGGAAGAGGCGCUAUUACAAGGAAACCAGGCAUUGAAAGGUUACCUGUCAAAGAUAACCAACCUGAGAAAGAAAGACCUCAAUUUGGCAGCCCAGUAAGAACAGAUCCAAUUUCGAUUUUUGAAACUAGUUUGAAAGAAGAUUCAGAUUCUUUAGUAAUUGACGAAGAUAAUCAGAACUCAGUAUUUGAAUCAUUCCAAAAAGAACUAGAAACCCCCACUUUAGAUGCUGAAAAAUCAGAUUGUGGUUCAUAUAAAGAACAGAGACCAACGAGAAAACGGAAACCUACAAACUAUAAAGAUAUCCAUGCUGGAACAGUCCCAAAUACUUCACAGUCACCUAGAACUACAAGAGCAGGAGCAUCACCAAGAGCAGUCACUAAUGUCGCAGCACCAGUGACAUCCCCUAGGACAAGGGCUUCUGCAUCUUCUCCAAGAGCUCAACGCAGUGGUAUGGCACCAAAACCUGUUAGUUCGCCACGAGGUCAGAAAUCACCAAAAUAUUCCGAUAUAGUUUCCCCAGUUGUUAAAUUGGAGAUUAUUGAUAUUUCCAAAUCAAAGAAAAGAGAAGAAGCCAAGAAAAAUAUAUUUGGUAAAGAUCUGAGUGUCAAAGAUGAAAAUGUUCAAAAUGUUCCAGAAGAAAAACUUAGAACGACAGCUUUUGAAGACUGGAAGAAUUCUCAAUCGCUUAUACCUGAAAAGCCUAAUGUAUCAAAAGAAAAUGUAUACGAAUUUGAAGAAAGUGAAGAAUUCAAUACAAAUCCUUGCACCAGCUUACGAUUGAGGAACAAAAAGAAACCAGUGAAUGAACUGGAAUCUCAGCCCGUAACAUUAAAACCAGAAGAACCAAUUGUUGUUUCCCAACCUAAUCUUACUCAACUAGUUCCAAAAGACCCCUUACAUACUGUCAACAUGGAAAUACAUCCUUCAGAGACUGCUAAUGCACAGGCAUAUGGCUCUGAUGAUUCAUCUGCAUCAAUGAGUAAUGUUGAGAGGAUAAUACAUGCUGUAUCUAAAGGUAUCUUUGGAAGUGCUGAGAAAUCUGAUGACGAAGAUGAUGAUGAACCUAAAUUACACAUUGCUAUUGGUGGGGUUUCUUCACCUCCUGUAUCUAAAAAAUCUGAAGCUGAAAAUAUAUACAGUUCACAGUUUAUUACAAGUGGAAUGGACUUUUUGGAUAAAACACCACCAAGGAUGGACUCUGGAUUUACAUCUCCACCAACAGAAGCUGCACCCAAACCUGAAGUUAGUGCAGAAUCAGGAGCUUUGGGACAACCUCAUCCAGUAAUAAAGUCGAGUCCAGAGUCACAACCACAACAGCCAUGGUCGUUGACUUCAGCCCAAACUCUCCCUUUCCAACCAAUAUUAACAACAGUAGAUAUGACACUUACCGCAUCAACAUCUGUAUCUACUUCCAGUCCAAGCCCUACCUGUGUUAUAACAUCUAAUGUACCAGAAAGAACAGUUAGUCAGCCAUUAGGCCCAGCACCAGCUCUCAUACCAUCUACUCCAGCUAUUAAGACUUCUCAGCCUACAACAGUUCAGAAUACCCAAUCUUCACCAGUUCAAAAGACUGCACCUUCAAUUGUUGCUAGUUCUAGUCAUGGCACAGUAUCUUCAAGGUCAAUGCCAUCUCCUCAUCUGUUACAACAUAAAACAUGGAAUGUUCCAGUCCAACCAAUUCUUACUCCCCCACCUCCACAAAUGUCUCCUAACACCAGCAUGCAGCCACAGAGACCACAGAGUGUGCAGUUGCCAGUUCAGCAUGCUCAACCAGAGAAUAUAGUUCAAAGAUCUCCAAGUGUCCACAGUUAUCCUGCUCAUAUUCAGUUGCAAAUGCAACAGCAGCAUAUGCAAAUUCAACAACAACAGUUACAACAAUUUGUACAACAUCAGAAACAACUACAACAUCAACAACAGCAGCAACAACAACAUCAACAACAACAGCAGCAACAGCAAAAGCUUCAGCAACAACAACAACAACUGCAGCAGCAGCAGCAACAACAACAACAACAGCAACAACAACACCAACAACAACAAAAGGCACAGCAACAGGAAUCUCCAAUAAAUCGAGACCACAAGGAACCUAAGAGAUCAACCGAAAAAGGAAGAUUGCCUAGUCAGAGUAAUAGCAAUUUAUCGCCAUAUCCUUUCCCGGCUCAUUCUGGUCAUCGGCAACCAACUGCACCUGGGUUUAUGAUGCAGAGACCAGUAUUUCCUAAUGAUGGACCAAGACAUGGAAUCCCAAUUGAACAUCCUAGACCGGGAGUGACUGGUGAACUACCUAAACAUGGAUUGCCUGGUGAAUCAGCUGUUCACAAUGUACCAGGGCAUCACCGGGAUGAAAGACAUCGUCCUUCAGUACCAACUAGUCGUUCUGAUUUGGUACAUCAACUUCCCCCUCAUUCUGAACGUCCAGCCCUUACUGAGAGAACCAGACACCCAAGUGGAGAUCAUUUAAAACACAUGGAGCAGUCAAGACAUCACAGUAUUCCUCCAGAGCCUUCACGCCACCAGGCUGUAAUGGGAAGAAUAGAACAGAGACCUGCACAUACAUCUAGUCCCAUGGAUAUUAGCAGGGGUAUGAUGCAACCAAACAUGGUGCCAACUAGUGCUCAUCAGCAAAGAAAGACUUCCUCUACUCCUGAUGGUGCUUCAAUGAAAAUGAUACCACCAACAUCAAAUACAAACACGCUGUAUGCUGGAGUAGUAGCUGGACAACCAAUAUCCCUGUCACCAAAAUCUGCUAGUCCGGUAGGCCAGGCAAUUGAGAGAAUACAAAACCCAGGCCGACCAGUUGAUCAUCAUGGUAUACCUCACCAUGUAAAACAUCAACAAGGCAACUUCCCAGAAGGUCAUUUAAUUAGAUCUGGUAAAGAACCAGAAAGUCCCCGUCCUGUUAGCAUACAUGGUGAUGUUCGAGGGUCAAGAGAAAUGAUGUUUAUGUCUCAAUCUCAUCAACACAGAGCUGCAAUAAUUCAACAGCAAGAAGCAGCAGCUGCUGCUGCACUGAAGAGUGGUCAGAUACCUGAACAAGCUCAUCGUAUUCAGACGUCGUCCCCUUCACCUCACCCAAUGAUGACAAGAGAACAAAUUAUCUCUCAUGCUCAGCAGCAACAGUCUCCCCUCAAUUUAGCAGAAACCGAAUCUAGGUCAUCUCGUGAAAAGGCACCAUCUCGCAAUGCUGCACAUUCCUUCAACUAUCCUGGUAAUGGCAAACACUUGCAACCUGUAUCUAAUCAGAUUGAUGGUCGUCUCCCACAGUCUAAAGCAUUUCUACCAGGUUUUCCUCCGCGGGGAAUACCUCAGAGUGUUCCCCAAUUGUAUGGAGUUGAAAUGCCUGGCUUUUCACCACAUGGACCUUUUAGUGUACGGUUACCAGUUGAUCCACAUGGCGUUUAUCAAGGAGGAGUUCACAGGGAACAAUUUAGAGAUAUUGUCCCACUUCAUCAUUCACCAUUUCCACAACAAAUUCUCUCACCUCAUCCCGGUUAUCCACUAGAUACUCAUGCUGUACCAGCUGUUGUGGGCAGAGCAGAAGAAUCUAGUCCUCAUGGUCAUCGCCAAGAAUCACCCAUUGUGCGUGCAGAAAUGAUGAGACCAGGUAUACCAAGAGAGUCCCCUAAAGGUUCAGGAAAUGUAUUCCAUAGAUACCCAGUGAUGUGGCAAGGACCGCUGGCAUUGAAAAAUGACAGUUCAUUUGUGCAAAUGCACUUUGUCGCUGGUAACCAAGAACUAGUAAAACUAACUUUACCGCAGUUAUCAACAGUUGACCAAGUUCCACUCAGAAUUGCACAAAGAAUGAGAAUGGAACAAACUCAGCUUGAAGGUGUAUCUAAGAGAAUGCAGAUGGAUUCUGACUAUUGUUUGUUAUUAGCUGUACCUUGUGGUCGUGAUCAUAUAGAUGUGGCUCAACAAACUAAAGGAUUAACAGAAGGAUUUAUACAAUAUUUACAAUUAAAACAGGCAGCUGGUAUAGUUAAUAUUCCCAUGCCUGGAUCGCAACAGCCUGCUUAUGUGGUUCAUAUAUUUCCACCAUGUGAGUUUUCCCAUGAUGCUGUGGCUCGUGCUAAUCCAGUUCUAUUUGAAAACAUCCGUGAUAUGCCACAUGUUGUCAUCAUAAUUGUCCAUUGUGAUGCCUCCCAUGCCUAAUAUGGAUAAGACUAUGGAUUAUAAUUUGUGAAUGAGACUGGAUUUUACCUUAUUAUAUAUUUAGCUUAAAAGUGCUAUAGAAUCAUUUAAAAUGCUUCAAAUCAUCAUAUUAUUUAAUGUGUGCAAAUUCCUGUUGGAAGGGACACAAUAAUUUUUGGAUAAAACAGGGUUAUAUAUUAAUAUGUUGUUUUAAUUAUAGUGAAUUCCCUUUGGAUAUGAGAUAUUCUGUUUGGAUUUACUAUGUAGACUUUUUCAAAGUGAAUAUAUCUUGAAUCUUGUGGGGAAUAAUAUUGUACCAAAGAUUUGUUCUGGAUAAUAAUGUGUAUUAUAUAUAUUUGUAUUUUAUUGUGGUCUUCUAUAUUAUCUAUAGACAAUAGAUCCUGUAUAUGUGUAGAUUUACAUCAGUGAUUGGAUUAUAACCUACCGUAUAGGGAUUAAUGGAUAAUAGAAAUGACUACGGAACUUAUCUAAAAAAAAAAAAAAGCACAAUGAUUCUUAGACAUUAUUAGACUGUUUUUAUUUAUAUAUAAAAACAUGGCUAAUUUAAAAGGCAGCUAUAUGACGAUAUAAGCUUAUUGAGUAAGUGUGAUUGUGUGGUGUGUAUCUAUAGAUGUGUGUGUAGCUACAUAUUUUAAACCUGUUCUCAUGGUGAUCAUAUGGAAACUGUUGUCCUUGAGAAAACUUUGAUCUCAGGAACUUAAGAAAACAAUGGUUCCGACCUUGCCAUUAAAAAGUUCAACCAGAGCCGCCAUCAUCUAAUGUGUUUUAGAUUGCUCAAAUCGGCUUUGGUACUGUGUAUAUAGGCUAGUGUAUAUAGACUGUAAAUAGCAUUGGUAGAAUAUAAUAAUGGUGUAAAGGAAUACUGACACCACUGUACAUAACUCAUCAUCACCCUCUUAAAUAAGGCGAUUUCAAUUAGACAAAACUCUUUACCUUUUCUUUUCAAUUUCAGUACGUCAUACACUUUUUUCUAGGAACAAAGUGAAAUGGGUUCAUGUCAGAAUAAUACUAGCUUCCAGGAGACCAGCUGAGUUAUUCCAAGAAUUUUUUGAAAUUCAUCUAGAGGAUGGUUUUUUUUUUAAAGUUUAGAUUUACUAUUCAAUCUUGUUUCUGUAAAGUGUGAUAUAUUUUAACUAUUUAUUACUAAAAUGUACGACAUUUGAGGAGAAAAUUGGUCCUCUGUGGUCGAGUUUUUAUUUUUUAAGAUGUAUAUUUGAAUCGUGUAGUGUGUACAUGUUGCAUAGCUGUUGAUAAGCUAAGUGAGAGAGAAAAUAUUGUGUUAAUGAAUUUCAUGUAAGAUAUCAUUAAUAAGUUAAUCAUAAAUAUUGUUAACUAUAAGAGUUAAUUUGUUUUUAUGUAGUAAUACGAGAAAAUGGUUCUAUUUUUCUAAGUUCUGUAAAAAAUAUUUCGUAUGUAUAUUGUUACAGCGGUUAUUUGUGAUGGCUUUUCUUAUUUUGCCCCCACCUAGUGUAGUUUUAUUAUGGGAGAUAUUUUCUCUUUCCUUUCCUUUAAACUAAUUAAAGCUACUACUUGUACUUGUAUGUUUUAAACUAUUAACUGCUGCUGUAUUUAACAUGGUGCUCUCUGUCAAUAUUCUUUUAUCACUUUUAUUUAAUCAUGGCGGAAAUUAAUUAAUUGCGAAAAUUAAUUCAAUUAUUUAUUAGAUUCAAAACUUGUCAAGCAUUUAUAAAUGUGCAAAUCUGUUCUUUGUUGUAUUUAUGAUUGAACUAAUUGCAUGUUUUUGUUGAAAUAGAGAACAGAACAUAAUUUAUUAAGCUUUUUUUUUUUUACAAAAAUAAUUUAUUAUGAAUUAAUCUUGAAUAGUUAUAGUUUUUUUUUCCAAGUAAAUAAAUCGAUUUUUAUCAGAAGAACCAUAUUGCAAAGAGAAAAAUAACAUCUUAUCUUUACAAAGCAUUACAGUUACAAAAUGUAAUUUGGUAUUCCUUCAACCAUGCUUGUGACUAUAUUAUACCAACAAUUAGUAAAUGAGAAGUUAUUUCCCAUUUAUGAAAUAAUCUCCCUAAAAAUGAGACUAUAAAAUGGAUAGUAGUAGUCCUCUUUGUAGCCAAUUUGUUCUCUUAAGACAUAAUUUCUUUUUUUUUUUUUUAUACGCCUGCAUUGAAAUAUGGUUACAUAUAGCCGUCACCCAUGCUGUGCUGUCCAUCCGUCAUUCAAAAUUCUUGUUAAUCCUAGACUGCAGUUGUCAUUUAAUCAUUUUAAAUUAACUAUUAAGAAGCAAUUUCUGAUAAUCAUUUCCAAAGUUAUUACCCUUGAUCACUUGUAGAAUCUAAUAAGACUCAAUGACAUCCGUUAUCAUUUAAACAGUUUCAAAUUUAUAUGCAUUACUGUAUUUAAAUUGGUGAAACAAAGAAGCUUGGCAAUGAUUUUUGUUAAAUAUGUCUAUAGUUGUUACCCUUGCUCAUUUUGUAAAAUCUUGUAAACGAUCUAGCAAAAUCAAUUAUGUUCCGAUCUGCACAGCUCGGUUUACCGGUAGUGAAUUUCUAUUGAUCACUUCCGAAGUUCAUACCAUUGCUCACUUUGUCGAAUCUUGUGAACACGCUUGUAACAGAAGUUACCAUCUAAAACUGCUUGAGAAAGAAAAAGCCAAAUGAAUUUCAACAAUUUCGGUUGGUUAUUGCCCUUUUUUAUACUCUCUUCACACUUGAACAGUAAAAGUUAUGCUCUGAUCUACUUUAAGUUUAUCAAAUUAAAUCUGUUUUUUUUUUAUGAUUACUUCUAGACUUAUUACCCUUGAUUACAUUGUAGUAACUUGUCAACGCUCCAUAUUUUACAGUAUACAGCUUUUAGUUUUUAUUUACUGAAAAAUUCACAAUACUUGUUACAACCAACUUUAUGAACUGCUCAGACGACUUAACUUCUGUGGGCGUCUGUUUCAUUGUCUGGCAACCUAUUUUCUAUCAUACAGUAGUCCCUUUCUCUUAUAUUUAUUAUUUCUUGAUUUCUUUGUCUUAUAUUUAAUAUAGACUACAUGUAUUUCUGCACAUUGAUAUUCAAUUGAGCUCGCUAAUUAUUUUCUCUUUGCUUCAAAUAUUCCAUCUUUUUUAUGUAGUACCUCAUUUUCUCCUUAAAUAAAACUUAAUAUUAGAGAAUUAAUUUAAGUUGCUGGAUGGCAGGCAGCAUCUAUGAAAUGAAUGUGUGAGAAGGAAGAGGUAUAUUUUCUGAGUGUGAGUCGUGUGUGUGUCAAGAAUAAAUGAAGAUUGUACAUAUAUAUACUGUGGUAAUGCUGUGACAGAUGACAAUGUCAAUUCGUAAUGAAUAAAUGUAAACAAAAAUAACAAAAUAAAA